AUGCCUAUCGACGGAUCUCAACAGACAAGUAAAUCCUCCAACAGACUCUCGGAACAGUUGGCGAGUCUUACCAUCGCUGGCCUCGUAAAUGCUGAGAUCAAGGUACAGCGUCCAGUAGAGGACGCUGAGACGCAGAAUGAGGAGCCAAAGAAAGAGCUCUGCUCCCAAAGGCCACCAUCCCCGACUCAUCCACUUCCUAGCGAAGAGGCGAGGGAUGGAGUUUACCUAAAUAAAUACGCACUUCGCCGACAAAAGCGGGAAUGGUUACGAGACCAACUCGUCAGCGCAAGGGCGAGCGGCGAGCUGCAUACGACGCUCGAAUCGCGAGGCCGUGAUCAUGAGAACUCAUGCUGGGUAUGUGCUAGGCGUGGGCAGUUCCAAAUCUGUCCACAGGUAUCACUUCCUGGAGCGAAUCCUCGGGUCAUUAUAGAGGACCACCUUGAGGCAACCUUCUUUGCCGCCGAGGCCGGGAAUCCUAGCUGGAGGCCCGGGCAACGCCGCCUGGUCUUUUACACCGACAUGGCAGCCAUCAGUGGGUCUGGAAACGACCCAAGUAUUGCGGGUGCCGGCGUUACCUACAAGCGCAUUCUAGGAGAUGAUGUAUCGGACUGGAUCGAUUCAUCAUACGGUAUCGUUGGGACAAACCGACCCGACAAAUCUGAGCUAUAUGCCGUCGGCCUGGCGUUGGAGAUUGCAGCCACCGAGGUGGAAGAAAUAUGCAAGGACAGUCCGCCGACCCCGAUCAUGGUAAUGACCGACUCGCAUGCUGCAAUGUACUACAUUCACGACUAUAUCUGGAAGGGAACCAUCCCGUCCAUGUUCUCACGGGACACCUUUGACCGAUUAAUGCUUCCCAUCACCCGAAUGCAAGAGCUCAAUGUCCCACUGGACUUCCACUGGGUCCCUUCGCACACGAGCGUCGAGGGCAACUGCCGAGCUGACGCUCUUGCGGGCGCAGCGAGUCAGUGGACACUGUCGAGAUUCCCUGCCAUGGCCUACCAGACACGGUUUGAAUGCCAGAUUGUCCAGAUUCCAGACCCCAAAAAGCUCGCGUACAUUUCGGUCCUCGGUACCCAGCCGCCCCAAAAAGAGUCAAGACCAAAAGGUCAGUCUUACAUGUCUGCAAAGCGCGAAGCGUAUGCAGAUUUUGCUAGUCAGAUACAAGGUAUGCAAGCUCAGUGGGUAUCGGACCAGCUUGCAGAGUCUUAUCGGCCUUCUGAAUCAUAG